CAUCACAGCAGGAGGAGAGAGCAAGAUUAGAAGGAGAAUGCAGAGCAGAACAACUUACAAAUUAUAAGGCAACUUAAAAGAUUAAGAAAACAAUAUGUAGAAUACAGAGGGAAAGAGGAAAAAAGAAGAAUCUUCAGAGAGAGCAGAAAGAGCAAGCAGGCUUUUCCAUACCAUGGAACAGAACAGGUCUUUUCUUGAGAGCUAAGCUGGCUUAGUCUUACUAAAGAGAGCCAAGCUUUCUUCUUACAGACUUGGGCUCAAUUCACUUAGCAAUAGCCUUUUCUUUCUCUGUAUAAAGACUGAAGCUCAUUUUUCAUCCAGAAUGAGUGAGUUCUUUCUGCACUGGUGCUUUGUCUUUUGCUCCAUAUGCAUAUAACCACAAUCUGGCUAUUCAUUGUUAUUCAAAGAGAAAAUCAAAGAAGAGAAACAGGAAGAAAUGGCUGAUUCUCCAGUAAACAUGUCCCAGGGUCUAUUGACAUUCCGAGAUGUGGCUGUGGACUUCUCUCAAGAGGAAUGGGAAUGCCUGGACUCUUCUCAGAAGGUUUUGUACAUUGAUGUGAUGGUGGAGAAUUACAGCAACCUGGUCUCUGUGGAGAACUACUACAUAUGUGAUACUGUCUCUCAACCUGUGAGGACUGAAAAGGAGUCUUGUCAGUGUAAUGAGCUUGGUGAAAUGCUUCAUGAACCCUCCAACUGUACGCUUUAUAAAAGAGGUAACACUACAGAAACCUCUAAUAACUACAGAUGCUGUAAGGACAAGGAUGCCUCUGUUGACUCAUCACACCCAGAUAGACACAAAAGAAUGCAUACUGGAGAAGACCCUUGCCAAUCUAGAGACUGUGAGAAAUCUUUCAAUUUGUGUUACAACAUUAGGCAAGAUCAAAGACUCUACCCUGCAAAGAAAGAACACAAGCAGGAUGAAUAUGAUGACCAUUUCAGCUCUACACACAGUCUCAUGCAACAGACAGUUGAUGUGGAAGAAAAACCAUAUCAGUGUGGGCACUGCAGGAAAUACUUCAGUACCACCUCAUGCCUCAGUAUACAUCAGAGAAUUCUUACUGGAGAGAAACCCAACAAGUGCAAUAUUUGUGACAAAUCCUUUAAUCAGUGGUCAAGUCUUAAAACAGAUCAAACAUUUCAUGCUGCAAAGAAACCAUUCAAAUGCAAGGAAUGUGAAAAGUCAUUUGUGCAGGUAUCUGCACUUAAAAGCCAUCAGAGAAGGCAUACUGGAGAGAAGCCUUACAAAUGUAAGGAGUGUGACAGAUCCUUUGCCCACUGUGCAUCAUUAAGAUGGCAUCAGAAAAUUCAUUCUCCUGAGACACAUUAUGAAUGCAAAGAAUGUGGUAAGUCCGUUUUUGAAUUAUCAGAUCUCAAAAUGCAUUACAGAAUCCAUACUGGCGAAAAGCCUUACAGAUAUGAGGUAUGUGAUACAUCUAUUACUGUGAAUUCAACUCUUAAAACUCGCCAGAAAAUUCAUACUGGAGAGAAACCUUACAGAUAUAGGGAAUGUGACAAAUCUAUUACCAAGUGCUCAUAUCUUAGAACAUAUCAGAGAGUUCAUACUGGAAAGAGACGGUAUAGAUGUACAAAAUGUGAUAAAUCUUUUACUAAUCACCCAAAUCUUAGGCAACAUCAGAAAAUUCAUACUGGAGAGAAACCUCCCAAGUGCAAAGAUUGUGAUAAAUCCUUUCUUCAGAUUUCUAGUGUUAGAAUACAUCCGAAAAUUCAUGCUGGAGAGAGAUGUUAUAGGUGUAAGGAAUGUAGCAGAUCUUUUACCUGGUUCUCAAAUCUUAGAGUCCAUCAGAGAGUUCAUACUGGCGAGAGACCUUACAGAUGUAAGGAGUGUGGCAAGUCUUUUACUACAGGCUCAAAUCUUAGAAUACAUCAGAAAAUUCAUACUGGGGAGAAACCUUACAAAUGCAAAGACUGUGACAUAUCCUUUAUGUGGAUUUCAAAUCUAAGAACACAUCAGAAAAUUCAUUCUGGUGAGAAACCUCACAAAUGUAAGGUAUGUAACAAAUCUUUUACUAGGUGUUCAUAUCUUAGAGACCAUCAGAAAAUUCAUACUGGAGAGAAACUUUACAAAUGCAAAGACUGUGACAUAUCCUUUAUGUGGACUUCAAGUCUUAGAAGACAUCAGAAAAUUCAUACUGGAGAAAAACCUUACAAAUGUAGAGAAUGUGAGAAAUCAUUUACUCAGUGCUCGACUCUAAGAGACCAUCAGAAAAUUCAUACUGGAGAGAAACCUUACAAAUGCAAAGACUGUGACAUAUCCUUUAUGUGGAUUUCAAGUCUUAGAAGACAUCAGAAAAUUCAUACAGGAGAGAAACCUUACAAAUGCAAAGACUGUGACAUAUCAUUUCUGUGGAUUUCAAAUCUUAAAACACAUCAGAAAAUUCAUACUGGAGAAAAACCUUACAAAUGUCAGGAAUGUAACAAAUCUUUUACUCGGCACUCCUAUCUUAGAGUCCAUCAGAAAACUCAUACUGGAGAGAAACCUUACAAAUGUAAAGACUGUGACAUAUCCUUUAUGUGGAUUUCGAAUCUUAGAAGACAUCAGAAAAUUCAUACAGGAGAAAAACAUACCGUUGUAAAUAAUGUGACAUAAUAUUUAUUGGGUAUUCUCUGCUUGCAAAUCACAGGGAGAUAAGUGAUCGAAACAUAAAGAUAACAUAACAAGAUUGUUAAAGCCUUUAAUGAAUAUUGAAAUCUUACAAAAUGCAUCAGAGUUUAUAUUAAAAUAAAAUUCUGCAAAUGUAA